UGUUGGUUGUUUUGGAAACCAAUCCUAGCAGCCUUAGCCCUUAGCCUAGUUAGGCUAGUUGUAUUCGGGUUCUGUUUGCGUGUAGUGUCUCGUACGGUGUUAUCGUUUGUGUACGAAUUAAUAAAUAGUGCUGUGCCUUUCCAGGAUAAAAUUGUGUUUCUAAUUGUAUAAUAAUAUUUAGUGAUUUGUGAAAUGUGAAUAAGUGUCGCAAAAUAGCUCUAAAUACCUUCUCUCUAAUGGGUUAAAUGCAUCGUGAUGUUGCAGUGUUAAAUUCACUUCUAUUAUAUGCAAUUAUUAUAUUGUGCCUUUAAUUGAUUAUGAGCGUGUGUGUUCAUUAGAAUAAGCCUGUAUUUGGAUAUAAUGGAAAACAACCCCCCCUCUGGACCAACUGAAAAGAACAGUGUCCGAGGAGGACUCUCCAACGGGCCGUCGUUCCGCCGACCGCCGGGUGCCAGACCUGUGUCAGCCACCGACGGCACUUCACCUCAUGCCAAUCACCUGCCCUUUCAGCAAGUUACCAUCACUGUGUACAAGGAUGAGAAGGGGUAUGGCAUGAAGGUGUCAGGCGACAACCCUGUUUACGUUCAAUCCGUUAAAGAAGGUGGUGCGGCGGAACGAGCUGGCCUCCAUAGUGGGGACAAAAUUAUCAAGGUGAACGGAGUGAAUGUAACUCAUUCGACGCACACUGAGGUGGUUGAACUUAUAAAAUCCGCGCCGCAAGUAGUGUUGACGGUACAGCAGCGUUGUGCCAGCCACGUAGCCAGAUCACCUACGGGAUCCAUCGCCUCCCCAGGCAUGGCCAGGUCACCGCUGCAACAUCACCACUCGGCACCCUCUAGAGAUCGCAUCACCGGGCCUCAGCCUGUUGACGGUGAGAAGAAACGACAAGUUGAGUACGAGCGGGUACACACGCUACAACUGAUGCUGGAGAAAGAGCAGAGGUUCGUGGACGGUCUGCGGAGCGAGCUGGCCAAGACCAACGACAUCAAGAAGCAAGAACAGCUGGCGGGGGCGGAGCGGAGGGUGCAGACGUUGCAACAGCAACUGCUCAAUCUGUCGUCGCACUACGAGCAAGAGCCACUUUCCCCUCGGCAUGCAGAUCCCGAUGUUCCUCCGCCUCUCCCGUCCCGCAACCCUGUUCCUCUCUCGUCCCCCCAGUCCCCUCCUCCCUUGCCUCCCAGGCAGUAUCUUCUGGUUCACUCCGAGUCUGUUUUGGGAACUGUCAACUCUAAUAUUGCCGGCCCCGCAGCACAAACUCCGACUCACCACAGGACAAAGUCCAACCCUGACACUAUGUCUGCUCAUAACCUCUCCUUAGCUGAAGCUGGAUCAGAUGGAGAGCUUAGUACAAUUUCGGUCGAUGAAAAUGACAAGAGUCCGUCCAAGAGGCUGAUAGCUUCGGAGUCCAUGUCCGAGCUCCACUUUGCCAAGAGGUCCAAGGGUGGUGUCGCAUGGGAUGUAGACUCCCCCCGUAUCACACCCCCCGGCACUCCUCCGCCCCCAUAUGGUGGGGCCGGCGCAGCCAGCCCUGUCACUGAGGACAGUGUCAGCCCAGCAUUGGAUGAGAAUGACACCACUAGAGGGGAGCCUCCUCCAGGAGAUAUAUCUCCCAACCCUGGACUCAGCCCUCAGCCUCCCAUCAUCUCCAUGGAGGAAGACGAGUCCGACCAGGAGAUGAGUCAGCUGGAGGACCAUGGACCAUUCAAGAGUCUCUCAAAACUGUGGAACAGCCAUGCUCAUCUGGCAGUGUUCAUGAACUACGUAAUCUCUAACAGCGAACCUUCCAGUCUGCUGUUCUACUUAGUGACAGAUCUGUACAAAGUUGGGAAUGCUAAAGAGAUGAAGAAGUGGGCUUAUGAGAUCCAUUCUAGCUUUUUAGUCCCUGGCGCGCCUCUUCGGCUUGCAAAUGUAGAUGAAAACAUCGCAAGAGAAGUGGACGAUGUUUUACAAAACGAGUCUGACAAGGAAGAGAUACUGCGAAAGGUGUUCUGGAAGGCACGUAACCGGGCGAAGGAAGAUCUGAAUGAACAGCUUGCGGACUUCCAGCAGAAGAGGACGGCAGGACUGGGCACACUGUUUGGACCUCCGGACUCCGUUCUGGACGAGAGCAUACAUGACAAGGGGAAGGAGAUCAAGAUCGUUGAAAGCAUCUUGCUACCCAAGCUCGAGCCUUUCCUAGAGGAGAUCGACAAGGAUGUAGUGGACGAUCGCAGGUUCACGACAGGAGCUGCGCUGGGAACUGUCAUGGGCAAAGUGUUUGGAGUACGCUCACAAUCCUUCUCCUCAAUGCUGGAUCGGUGUCCUACCUUUGUCUCAAAGGACAAGUCAUUGAAGGCCAAACUUCUUGGCAAAUCUAGAAAGGUGACUGCUCGUGGACAUCACUUUGUGGCACACCACUACUACACUGUGACGUACUGCAACCAUUGUCAGCUCAUCAUAUGGGGCAUCGGCCCACAAGGGUAUCAGUGUUCUGAUUGUGGGCUGAACAUCCACAGAGCCUGUGUAAAGGUUCUGGAUGAGAGCUGUCCUGGGCCGAUGGUCAAGAAGGAGAAAGGCAACGACCGCAUCAGUAAACUGAUGGAACGGAUCAUGCCUGAGCAGAGACGCAAGCCCAGCUCCCUCAACCUGGCACAUGCGGAGAGGGUUCGUAGGCAGCAGGAGGAAGCUGAGAACACCGACACAGAAUCUGGUGAAAGGACUGUGAGCGGGUCGCGUGUUGACCGAAGGCCAGACCCGGUGUCCGAGGAGAGGGCAGGGUCCAACACUCACCAUCCCCACCUGGCAGACCAUGACGACGACCCCGCCCACCACGAGCAGAGUCAUCAUGUGACCAAGACCAAGCCUUCAGCCACCUCCAUCAACCGCUCCGAGAGCUACAAAGACCGGAUACACCAGAAGAGACAACUGCGGGAACGACGGAAAACAAGUGAUCCGAACCUCUCGAAAUCAAACAAUGAUGUUGACGUGGAGAAUCAGGCGUUGUCCUAUCACUCUGGUAGCUCAUCAAACUCCAGUCUUUCUACGAGAAGCUUGGACAGCCCGAGCAACUCGCUGGAAGCUGUGAGUGGAGGGAGAGGGCCAGGGGGUGAAGUGACACCAUGGGACAGUGAUACAGAGGCGGACGUGGUCGACCCUCCUGACUGGAAAAACACUGUCCCAGAGGACAUUCUCAGGACCCUGACACCUCACGAGAUCAAGCGCCAGGAAGUUAUCAAUGAACUGUUCAUGACUGAGAGAUCUCAUGUGAGGGGACUCAAGGUGCUAGACAGAGUAUUCUACAGGCCUAUGAAGGAGCAGCAGGUCCUGCCCCAGGAACAGAUUCAGCUGUUGUUCAGCAACCUAGAGGAGAUGCUGGAAAUCCACUCCAGGUUCAACAACAGCAUGAAGGCCAAACGUAAAGAAGGUCCCGUCAUCGGCGAGAUUGGCGAUCUUCUGUAUAGUAUGUUUGAAGGCACAGACGGUGAGCACUUCCAAGAAGCAGCGGCUGUGUUUUGUAGAAAACAACAAAUUGCUCUUGAAGCUCUAAAGGAGAAACGGCGGAAAGACGCUAAGCUCAACAGUUUCCUGAGUGAUGCAGAGGGCAAUCCUGUGUGUCGAAGGUUACAACUGAAGGAUAUCAUACCUUCAGGAAUGUUUAGGUUAACCAAAUACCCGCUGCUACUGAAGAACCUAGAGAAGUAUACAACGGCUGGGACGGAGGAGGCAGUGAGAGUGACGAGGGCAGAGGAGAGGAGUCGAGAGAUCCUCAACUACGUCAACACUGCAGUGAAGGAGGCAGAGGACCAGUACAGAUUAGCGGAGAUACAACGAAGACUGGACAGAGCCUCCUUUGACAAGGUCGACCACGCCAUGGCACACGAGUUCAGAAAUCUAGACCUGACGAGACAUAGGCUAAUACACGAAGGCCCCCUCAACUGGAGGAUAGCCAACCGUCCCAAACCUAUAGACUUGCAUGUGCUGCUACUAGAGGACAUUAUCAUCCUGCUACAGAAACAAGAUGACAAGUACGUCCUCAAGUACUACAGCUCCACACUGAGUCCUGUCAUCAGGGUGUCCACGGUCAUCGUCAGGCCGAACGCUGUCGACAAGAAGGCGCUUUUUCUCGUCAACACAGCACAGAGUGGGGCCCAAAUAUACGACCUCGUAGCUAGUUCAAAUUCAGAGAAAAGACUGUGGUUCAAGCACAUAUCAGAUGCUGCCGAAGCUUACAAGACUAGGGAAGGAAAGCAUCGACGCCAGGACACCAGCACUCACGAAGACAACCAUGACAAAACCAAAGAAUCUGAGGAGUCGGGAGCCAGCAACAGUGAGUUGUUGUCGGCCCAGCGAGCAGACGACAACCAGAGUGACGCAGCAUCUCCGACACUCCUUGCCUCCAGUGAGACAACACCUCAAGCCUCUCCCUCCCCUCAGCAUCCUGACACGCCUGAACCUCCCUCCCGCAAGAGUGGUGAAGGACUGAGUCCCAGUCCGGUGCGCCGUGUUGCUGAACCUCUGCGCCAGACGACGGCGGAGAGUUGUCUCAUAGAACCUACGGAGGUGGUCAUCUGUCAGAGUCCCGUGCUCACAGCUGAGCCAGUCCUCACACCUUUAGAGAAACUGAGACGAACGGACGAGCGUAUACGGGAGUCGCUGGAGGAGAAGCGACACCUCGUGGCGGAGAUACUGCAUGUGCCACCAGCCGAGUAUGACACCAUCUCAGACAUGGCGGCCGAGCCUUCCCAUGACAAAGAGCCCCAGGAGAUACUACUGGCUCUGUCCAACCAAGCCAACAAGCUAACGUCAGUGAUUAACGAGUACCUGCAAGUGACAGAGGAGGAGGCAGUGACGGCCAGUAGAGCUGUGGAGGAGAGACAACGAUGUCACUUGCCCAGUGUUCCGGCACAUGUUCUGCAACAGAUCAGCUCACAGUUCAACUCUCAGUUGACUCUACUCAUGAGUGUUAUGAAGACACGAGAAGAGGAGAGAGUUAUGUUUCGACAUGAGAAUCAGAGGAGUAGAGAGCAAUUGCAUGCUGUCUAUGAGAGACAACCUGCGGCUACGUUAAAUACUUCCACGGACAACCGCUCUACGGAUAACCGACGAUCCAUGGACUUAGAACCUGUAGACAUUGGAGCUGCAUGUAUAGAGACUCAAAGCAUGCCACAAGAUGAAGCAGACAAGGAUCAGAAUUCAGCUAAAAUACCCACAACGCCGGAGGUGUUUGUUGAUGCCUUGUCAGGAGAGACGGAGGAGAGUGUCGCCCAGUGAUCACGUCGUGUCAGUGUACAGUACUGUUGAAGCCUUGCCCUAGUGCCUAGUGAUGUUACCAGACACUACCGUGGUGCUCAUUCCAGACAGUUCGGGACUAAAAUGUUACAGAUAAUCAAAGAGAUUUGUUAUUAUUUUGAUAAGUUUAUUCGAGUGUUGUUUGUCUCGUUUUUUAUUAUUGCGUUGUUCGAUCCUGGGUUUAAUUUAUUACGAGACGAGGUAUUGUAGAGUAGUCGUAAGAUGUUUCCUAUAUGCAUUUAUACAGUAUUGUCCCGGUGUGGAAGUUGGUGCUACUCGUGCCGAAGCUAGAGUCGACUUUGCGCUCGUCCCUUGCGGUUUUGGCUUGUUCUGUGAUAACGAGACGUUUAUUCAAUCGGCUUAGUCUAAAUAAUUUGCUAGCGUAUUUCCGGUGUUUCUUUUGGAAAAGGUUCGGAAGUGUUAUAUUUUUUACAUUUUAUUUGUUUUGUUGUUAAGACGAUUGUAAACAAAGGCCUAAAUCCAAAAGGAUUGUACAUAAUAGUUUUAUUAUAGAGCGCAAAGUUGUCUCUAGUGAUGAUCUGUGUUUGUAAUAUUUUUUUGUAUAAAAUACUUGUAUAUUUUGCCUGUAUUGUAUUGUUCGAGCACUACUGUUUUAAUAUUUUAUUUUUGUCACUUCUGAUAGAACUAGAUCUGUUACCCCCAUUGCGCUCUAGAAUUUAAUUUUUGCAGUAUUAUGUAUUGUUUUGUAAUUAUUGUCAUUUAAAUGAACCAGUUUUUAAAACAUUAAAAAGUACGAGCUUUAUAAAUUUAGAUUUAUUAAGGGAUUAAAAAAAUAUGCUUGAAUUAUUUGAUUGGCCAAACAUGCGCAUGGCUCAUUUAAUCUUUCUAAAGGCGUUUUGUUUUUAACAAAGUUUAUUCAGUUCUUUACAUGUAUACAUUUAUACAUAUUUUUUUACUUAUAAUAUUUUUUGUGUAUGAUAAAUUUAUUUUUUGAGCUAUUUAUUUUGUCAAUAGUAAUUGUAUGUUUAUUAUCUGUUCAAUCCCAAUACAUUAUGAAAGCUACAAAAUAAUAAAAAAAAAUGUUGACUAAGUUUUAAUUAUUUAUUUUAUAUAAAUCCUUGAUAAAUGUUUCUUGAAUGUAGGACAUUACAUUGUGGUAUUUGUAACCAAAGUAUGAUUUUUGUUGUAAAUAGGACAAUUUAAUGUACAAUAUUUAUACAGUCGGUAGGAGCAUUUACUCAUCCGAAGGCCUAUGAGAUCAUUGAUAUAGAAGCAUGCAUAUUAUUAUAACCCAGCUGACAUGCUACUGUAUAUUCUUGUAACACACAUGUAUUGUAUAUAGACUGAAUCACGUAAAAAUAAACACAUAUUGAUAUAUAAAUAACUAA